AUGCUAUUGCAAUGUAAUGCAUGGACGUUGAGAGGUGUUCGGAAUUUUGUGUUACCCAAGUUCACCAAUGAUAUAUUCGAAUUGACUCUAUUAAGGAAAGGGCAGAUAGAGACGCUAAAUUCUUUAAAGAGACGACAGCUUCCUGCCUGUCCUGAAUUGCAUUUGAACAAUAUAGAAUUUUGGAUCCAUGAUGUGCCAUUCAACACCUUUUCGUUUUUAAGGUGGUUAUUUGUUUUCAUAUUCAUAACUUUAAUAUCUUUACUUCCAAUCGUUGGCCCAUUGGCCGCUACUAUAUUGCAAACACCAGACAGAGCGUAUGGGUACUACGAUGUAUGGAUGAUCAGAAGAAGAUUAAGUGACAAAGCUAAACGUGACGAAUAUUACUCCAGAUUAGGCCAACUAUGGGCGUUUGGAUUGACAGCGGGACUACUUGAAUUGAUACCUGGUUUUUCGGCUCUUCUGAUGAUAAGUAAUGUCAUUGCCGUUGGUGUUUGGGCUAAUGAUGACAUAAAGCUUAAAAGGGUUCAGUUAUAA